GGGGUGCUCUACAUGCUCUGCGGCGCCGCCGUCUUCUCGGCCAUCGAGCUGCCCACGGAGAGGGAGGCUAAGGAGCGCUGGGAGGAACGCCUGGAGAACUUCACCCGGCGCCACAACCUCAGCCGUGCCGAGCUCCGGCACUUCCUCCGGGAAUACGAGGAGGCGAGCGUGGCCGGCAUCCGCGUCGAUGACAUCCGGCCCCGGUGGGAUUUCACCGGCGCUUUCUACUUCGUGGGCACCGUCGUUUCUACUAUCGGGUUUGGUAUGACCACCCCAGCCACCAUUGGAGGCAAAAUUUUUCUGAUAUUUUAUGGCCUUAUAGGAUGUGCAGGGACCAUUUUGUUCUUUAACCUGUUCCUGGAGCGCUUGAUCACUGUCAUAGCUUACGUCAUGAAGUCCUGCCACGAAAGACAGCUGAGGAGGAAAGGGGUUCUCCCUCACAACGGCCGGCGGGGCUCGGGGACCUCGGAGGUGGACAGCCUGGCCGGCUGGAAGCCCUCUGUGUAUUAUGUUAUGCUGAUUUUAUGUGUAGCAUCCCUCAUCAUUUCCUGCUGUGCCUCUGCAAUGUACACACCGAUUGAAGGGUGGAGUUACUUUGACUCACUUUACUUCUGCUUUGUGGCCUUCAGCACCAUUGGCUUUGGUGAUCUGGUCAGUAGCCAGAACAUCAGGUAUGAGAGCCAAGGCCUUUACCGCUUUGGCAACUUUGUCUUCAUACUCAUGGGGGUGUGCUGCAUCUACUCCUUAUUUAAUGUGAUCUCUAUUGUCAUCAAGCAGUCCAUAAACUGGAUAUUAAAGAAGUUUGCCUGCAAGUGCUGCCACAGAUGCCAAAGAAGAUUAUUUCGCUCACGGAGGAAUGUGGUGAUGCCAGGAAACGUGCGCAGCCGGAGAAACAUCUCCAUCGAGACUGACGCUGUCAAUGAGAGCGACACCGAUGGGCGCCGUCUGUCAGGAGAGAUGAUCUCCAUGAAAGACUUCCUGGCCUCCAACAAAGUCUCACUGGCCAUCAUGCAGAAACAGCUGUCAGAAACUGCCAAUGGGUAUCCAAGGCAAAUGAGCUCCAAUUCGAAGCAAAAUGGAUUCUCUGGUGGGGUUGGAGCCCUAGCAAUUAUGAAUAACAGACUGGCAGAGACAAGCGUGGAUAGGUAAAAUAGUAACAGUAAUAACAGUGAAACAGUGUGAACCAUUCAGCAGGUAUUGAAACGUGAAUCAAGUGAAGUAGCUAGGGAGAGAGCACACCAGACAGAGGGUGGGAUGGCCGAAGAGCAUAUCUCCUGAUGGAAGACCUCUUGAGUUUUUAGGGGGCUGUCACCUGAUGUUUUUGCUUUGUCCUGGCCUUCCUUCUUCCCCAUCAUUCUGCUCCUCAAGCAGGUUACUGCAGGAGGAUUUUAAGUUAGUCUUCAGAUAAAAUUUCCAUGUUCUGUUCUUCUCCAUUAUGUGACAUACAGAUUUCAGGGUAAGAAAUCUGUGGGAUGGGAAGAAACCAAGUGUGUCUACUGAACACAUUGUUAAUUCAGAGAUUGUUUGGAGAAUCUUACUCUCAUCAUACCUGUUUGCUGGAAGUGACUUAUCUGAGACCAAAAGAUGAAUCAGCCUUUGUGAUAUUGCAAGUGUAAUUUGAUGGAAAAUAGUAGGAAAGUUGGUGGGUAUAUUCUGGAGCUCUUGUAAUGUGAAUGGAGAGAGAAUUUUGCCUUUAGAAUUUAUUUAGUCUAUUCUAUAAGAGGAUACUGUUGAAAGUGAUAGAAUAAAAAUUUAUCCUUCUUUUGUUUACUUUUCUUCAUUUGCGAAAUGUGAUUAUUUUCCAAGGAUGCUUUUUCU